UCGCUGUUUCCAGGUACACGUAAUUCUAUAUUAAUGUGUAGAAAAGUUAAAAAUCGGAAAUUUCAGAUCUCUUUCCUCUAGUCUUUAAGGCUAAAUUGUUCUGAGAAUAUAUAAAAAGGUAAACUGAGUUAAUGCAAAAGGGAUCCUGUAAGUUUGUAAGGAAGGUAACUGUUGGUCUGUUGCUCUGAAAGAAGCUGAAAUGGCUCAUUCAUCAGUCAGCGAAGAAUGGAAGCGCCAAUUCAAGAAACAGGGAAAAAAAGAUGAACACGAAGUGGUCAAGAAAGUAAUAUCCGAUGGUCACAGUUCUCAGAAAUUGAAUCAUGCAAGGUUUCCUGUAUUGGACGAGGAUUUGAUUAGUGAAAGAGGUCAGGCUCUAGAUAGGGAUUAUGGGGGAGGUACAAGAUUAACAAUUAAUCAUUUGAAAUCCAACGUUAUGCAGUCAAACAUUGGACGAGUCCCAAAUUAUGACACUCCUGCAUCCUCAACUGAUCACCCUAGCCAAAUGCUAAGGUGCCACAGUUUGGUGUUUGGGAGGAUGAAAGUGAAGCCGGUCACAAUCGAUGGAUUGGCAAUGUUUGGAAGAGCAUUAAGAAUUUGGUCGUGAAACCCGUGUUUGUGUUUAAAUCUCUCAUGUAUCUUUUUCAUUGUCAAGUUUCAUGGAUGAAGGUGAAGCUAGUCGCAACCUAUGAAGAUUUGAUUGCUGAGAGAGGUCGGCCUCUACCUAGGAAUCAUGGGAGAUGUAGAAAAUUAGCAUCUAAGCAACCAGCAGAGGAAAUCCAACCUCAUAGAAGCAACCAGCAGACGAGUCCCAAACAAUAACACUACUCCUGCAUUCUAUCACCUGUCAAGGUCAACUCAUCACCCUAACCAAUGGAAAGCGGUAACUCUACCUAUGUUAUGCAUAUAUAUUUCUUACAUAUUUCUCUUGAAUGUAAUUGCGUCGAAAAAACCAAAAUAUCUUACUUCAUUUAUGAUUUGUACUAGUACAAAGAAUCUGGUAUUCUUCCCUUUCUUUAAGAAAUUUUUGUUGAAGUUGGGUGACUUUUACUGUAUUAACUACAAGUAUGCACUGUAAUGUUUUUGCAUUCAUUAUGAGCACGGUUAAUCUGAAAUCAGUCAAGUUGCUAAUCUUCAGGGCUUGAUGAACACCUACUGAUAAAUCUUAUUGGUUUAUCUUCUUUCAGCUCAUGGAAUUUCUUUAGUCAUUUUCCUCUGGCAAUCUAAUGUUUAGUAGUAGUAUUUGUGUUGUGUACAUGGCAUACUUGGUUAGAGUACAAGAAAAUUUAGUCAAGGAUGUUAUGAAAUUACAGCUACUUUUGUGCCUUUUGCAAUUUUGCUACGUGGGAUACUAAGGAAAUUGACAGCAAACACAAAGGGUGAGCAUACUGUCAAAACAGAACCUCCUGAUGCACCUCAAUUAAACAAUAAUGUUCAGAAAAAUAAACAUGUAAGUACCCGUGUCAUAAACCUCGUAUACUUUGGUGGCAAUUGCAUCAAGACUUCCCCUUCAGCCCUGAAGACAUGUCGAAAACUUGGCUUCAGAAUGAAUGGUAAUUUCACUAGAAGCUUUUGAAGUCAUUUUUUUCGAUCAUAAUGUGGUCUCUUAAGCCUUGGAGAAACUAAAGACAUAUUUAGGCCAAAAUACAGUGUUGUGAUCUCCCUUACGACCCUGGUAAUAAGUAUUUCAAUCAACUCAGCGUAUCGGAUCAUUGCACGAGCUGAAUUUGUAACUACAGGCAUCACCCUAACUCCUCUAAAUUGCAAUGAUCAAAGUGCUCUUUUUGUACUCAAAGAAUUUGUUUUUCGUAACUGAACAAAUAAUUUAGACUGGGAUUACCACUUUGUUUGUUAAAAUCUCCACAUCCGUCUCUUAAUGUUUCUAACAAUAUCGAUAUUAUUUCACUGGUGGUA